AUGAUGUCUUCGAGGAGUUUCUUCUCUCUGGUUCUUCUGAUCUUCUUUUCAUGCCUGCUCGCAAGUACCAACGCUCAGGAUGGUACCGAGUGUAGCGCAUCUCUACCAUGCAAGGUUGGAUGUUGCAGUAAAUUCGGCUUCUGUGGUUUCGGGGCUGAUUACUGCAGCAAAUCCGUCUGCACUAACAAUUGCGAUCGCAAAGCAGAAUGCGACCCUGGUGGCUUUGGCAAGGACUACGUCAAUAAGACAACAUGCCCGCUGAACGUUUGCUGCUCAAAGCACGGCUUUUGCGGAACCACUGAAGAGUUCUGCGGUAACAAGAAGGUCAGCAGGCCUAGCUGUACCGUCGACAAGAGCAGCAAGUUCAAGCGUGUCGUGGGAUACUACGAGACAUGGUCUGCCUCGCGAUCCUGCAACCGCUUCUACCCAGAGCAAAUUCCUCGUGGCGUUUAUUCUCACAUCAACAUUGCCUUUGCCAGCAUCAAUCCCACGACCUUUGAGAUCGUGCCUGCUAAGAAGGAAGACCUCGAGAUGUACAAGCGAGUCUCUGCUCUCAAAGCCAAGGACCCCAAUCUCAAAGUUUUGAUUGCUGUUGGCGGCUGGACAUUUAAUGACCCAGGUCCAACUGCGACGACUUUCUCGGAUAUUGCGAGGUCUGCUGGUGCCCAGAAGAAGUUCUUCGACUCCACGAUCAAGAUAUUGGAGACCUAUGACUUGGAUGGCAUUGAUCUUGAUUGGGAAUAUCCCGAGGCGGACGAUCGGAGCGGACGUCUUGAGGACUUUGCCAACUUUCCGAAAUUCAUGAAAAAUUUGAAAGCCGCUUUGAAGAAAUACGAAGUUAGCAUCACACUUCCCGCGUCUUAUUGGUAUCUUCAGCAUUUUGAUCUGAAGGCUCUCUCUCCGCACGUGGACUUCUUCAACAUGAUGACCUAUGACUUCCAUGGUGUAUGGGACAAGCCAAACGAGUUUGUUGGGCCAUACUUGAACAGCCACACGAACCUGACUGAGAUUAAGGGGGGACUUGAUCUCCUCUGGCGCAACGGUGUAGACAAAGACAAAGUCACGCUAGGCCUCGCCUUCUAUGGACGCGGCUUCAUCGCCAGCAGUUCUUCCUGCAUGUCUCCCGGUUGUACUUACGAGUCGGGAACGUACGCUCAAGCCUGCAGUGCCGAAGUUGGCGUCGCUCUGAACUCAGAGAUUGACCAGCUCGUUUCUGAGCAGGGGGCCAAGGUAACACUGAAUAAAGAUGCUGCCGUCAAGAUCGUCACCUGGGGCGGCAACAACUGGCUCACCUUCGACGAUGAGGAGACUCUUCGUCUCAAAGCGGACUAUGCUCGCAGCCUAUGUCUCGGCGGUGUCAUGGUUUGGGCCAUCUCGCACGAUACCAGGGCUGGGAAGUAUUCCAUGGCUCUGUCUCGUGUCGCUCCUAGGCUGUUCACUUCUGAGAUGGCUACGGAAGAAGACGACGGUUAUGUCACCGAUGUUGAGGAGCACAAACAGUGUCGAUGGACCAAUUGCGACGAAAAUUGCCCUUCUGACUGGACCCGUAUGAUGCGAAGUGGUCCAGGUGCAGGGAAGAACGAGUACAUGGUCAAUGGGGCAGGUUGCGGUGGCCGUGGAGAGCAGUGA